AUUCUGUCUACGGUCAGAGCGGGCAACUCUAUGGCCAACCACUGCAGCCAUUUUGUAUUGCUUCCUUAUUUCCUGUUUGCCGGCGUGUACAAUUGCGUUGAUUUGAUUUUUUUGGUUUUGUUUGUUUGAUUUCAUAGCCAGGAAGUGCUAAGUAAAGAAAUAUGUCGUCUCGCGGUCGUGGUUAUGGCGGCUAUGGUGGACGAGGGGGAUACAACAGCAGAGGCACCGGAUAUAGAGGCUCUUAUCGUGGCUCUAGGGGAUCAUACGAAAGCAGGGGUGGACGCGGAGGAGGUUACUCUUCAUACUCUAGUGACUCCCGUUACAACAGUGGUGGAAGCAGAUAUAAUACAAGUCGAGAAAGAAUAGAUGAACCCUAUAAAAAAACAUAUAGAUCUGAGAGUUCUGCAAGCUACGCUAAUCGUGACUAUGGAGGUAGAUCUGGAUCACCAGAAAGGAAAAGGAUGAGAGUGGAGGGCUCCUCGAGUGAUAGACGUAGCCAUGACGGCGGCGGUCAUUACGGCGGCUCGUAUGGCGGUAGACAAGAGAGUUACGGCGGCGAGAGGAGAUCGUUCGGAGGCGAGGAGCGGCGGCGCUCGCCCGCCAGAGAGAGCUACCGCAAGCCGAGCGGCAUGGGCCCGCCGCGCGAGCGCGUGUCGCUGCGUCCGCGCGCCCCGCGCCGCUCCUUCCGCGGCCGCAGUCUGCGCUCGCGAGCCUCCUACCGCGGAGCGCCGCGCUCGCGCGGAACCUUUUCCUCUAGGCGAUUCGGAGAAAGAUCGCUCGGAUACACCCGCGCUUUCAGAACCCUCAAGCGAAGUAACUCUGUAAAAUCAAAAGAAGAUGCUUCUUCAACUGAAGAAGAUUGGGAUGCAGAUGAGAAGGAAGAAGUCACUGAGGAGAAAAAGGAACCCAAAAGCAAAUCGCCAAAGCCGGAUGUGGAUGGAUCUGAAGGAGAGCCGGAAGAGGCUGGCGACGAGACGGACAAGGAGGCCGACACCGCCUCCGAAGCCGCCGCCCCGCCGCGCCCUCGCUCUUAUAUACAACUUUCUUGCGUGCAUUGCAAGGAAAAGUGUGUUACAUUUGCGCGCUACGCGAAGCACUUAGUGUCGAGCAAGCACCGCGCGGCGAUGAGCAGCGUGGCGCGCCGACACAAGGCGCAGCUGCUGCGCAUGCGCGUGGCGCAGCGCGGCGCUCAGCGCGAGCUCGAGGCCAGCUCGGCCGCCGAUCUCGCACCUCAUACCACAUUCUGCUUGAUUUGCCGGUUGAAUCACCGCACGACGCGGCAGGCACACAACAUGACGGACACGCACCGCGCCAUGAAGCGUUUCUUGUUGCCGUUCUGUCGCAUCUGCCGUCUCACUUUUCGCUCGCCGAUGAUCUAUGAGCAUCAUAUUUGCUCGUUGGAACAUCUCAAGAAGAAAGCUGCUCAAGCCAACGCGAGGCGCGCUAGUCCCAAGGCGGAAGGAAGCGGCGAUGAGGGAAUGGAUGUCGACUUGGACAACUUCAUGACUUUGGAUUCCGUUGGCGACGUUGAUGAAGUCGAAGAUGAUGACUCUGGUGGUGAAAAGAAGGAAGAGACCGUUGUAAAGAAGCCGAAAGUGGAAAUAAAUAUUGGCAGUGAACAUAUCAAGAAAGUAGAGGUGUGGUGGUGCGAGCUGUGCCGCGUGUACCUGCCGCGCGCGGAGGCGGGCGCGGAGGAGGCGGAGGCGCUGCGCCGCCACUGCCGCCUGCGCCUGCACCUGGGCCGCUACGUGCAGCACCGCGACACGCGCACGCUGCGCAGGCACGCCGAGCGCAUCCACCGCCAGCUGCACCAGCAGAGAGAAGAAGAGAAGGACAACUCUAAUGCUGAAGAAUCUGCAGAUAAGGUCAAAACCGAAAAACAGGAACCCACUGAAGAAAAGAAAAAAAUGGAAAAUGGCGGUGGUGAUGCAUGUAAUACAUCAGGAAAUGAAGACAAGUUGUGGGCAGACGUAGACAAAGAUAUUGGUGAACUGUUGCGAGAAGUGGAUCCUCAAAGAAACGAGGGCAGUGACGACGAUGAUGACUUGGACAGGUACGAAAAGUUCCGUAAGAGUGACAAGAAAUCUAAAGUCGGAGACGAGGAAACGGACGUUAUUAAUGCCGACAAUUCACAUGAGAAAAAUAACGUGGAAGUUGAUACAGCAGCUUAGAUUAAAUUUAAUUAUAGUGUUUCAUGAAUUAUAUAUACCUAGUGAUUAAGUGGUAUUCAAUUAAUGUACUUUUAUUAGUAAAAAAUACCUGAUUACCAGGUAGCAAUAGAUAUCUAUCUAUACUUAGCUUCAAAAUGUAUGUGGUUAAUUAAUAAUAGUAUACCAAAAUAAUACUCUUUGAUUUAAACUCCUCACAUUAGAUAAUAAUUAGUUAUAAUUAACUAACAAGGUAUUAUUAAGAAUUAAAUCUAUCGAUAAUCCACAAUCAAAGUGAGUGACUUAUUUUCCAUUGCCCAACGGAUGUCGGCCGUUACAUUAAUUAGAGUGGUGGUUGUGCUAUGUCCAGGUCUGAAACCAGAUUGAAAUGGGCAAAAAAGAUUAUUUCUCAAGAGAAAUGAAGAAAACUGGUUGUGUAAAAGAUGUUCGAGAACUUUAGAGAGGUAUGGUAAAAUAGAUAUAGGACGAAGUUCAGAGAAGGAUGAAGGAUUAGAAGUUUUUGGCAAUGGUAUAACAUUAGCCCGCUUCCAAGCUAAAGAAAACAUACCCGAUGAAAAUGAAUAAUUAAAGAUGUGAGUUUGUACAGGUAAGUAGUAUGGGUAAAAGUAAACUGAUCAUCUUGGAGCAUACUAAGUCAUUUCCCACUGCAUCAGAGGAAAUAUGUUGAAUAGCUUUAGUAACAUCAUCUUGAAGAACUGCAGAAAAUUCAAAGGCAGGAUAAGUGGGGGUGGUACAUGUAAUAAUUUGGAGAGAGUAGCAGAUUUAAUAGUUUGAUCUAAACUGACAGGGGGUUGUGAGAAAUGUUUAUUGAGAUAACAACAGACUUCAAAUUUUUAUUUUUGUGACUUGUGGCGUAUAUAUAUAGCCACAGAGGUAAGCAAGGGUAUAUUUUAUACACUACACAAUAAACGGUCUGUCUGAUUGGA